AUGCGGCGACUGUGUGUGUAUGUGCUGAUCUUUGCGCUGGCUCUGGCCGCCUUCUCCGAAGCUUCUUGGAAGCCCUGCUCCCAGCUGCAGGACGCACCCUCAGGUCCAGGGGCCAAUAAGGGCCUGGAGCCGCAUUGGCCAGACCAGCUGGACAGGCUGGGCCCAGCCUCUCAUCACCGAAGGCAGCUGGGGCUCCAGGGUUCCCCACACUUGGUAGCAGACCUGUCCAAGAAGCAAGGGCCAUGGCUGGAGAAAGAAGAAGCAGCCUACGGAUGGAUGGACUUUGGCCGCCGCAGCGCUGAGGAAGGGGAUCAAAGUCCUUAGAAAAAGCUUGGGAGCCCAGCCGGCUCCCACCCAGCCCAGCCCUGCCCUGUGAAAAACCAACCAAAAUAAACUA